AUGGACAACACCUGGACAUUUACCAAGCUUAUUCUGGUAGCGGCCCUGGCCAUGUCUACAAAAGCAUGGCGUCUCAAUGUCACGUCAGAAGAAAUCGACAUCGGUAAAACAGCACAAGUUUCUCUGAACUGUUUCAACCCCUACCAGCAGCAGGACAUUUCGGAAAUUCUCAUGAUGAGAAUCCAGAAAAAACAGGUGAGCAGAUGGUCCAGUGUUGCGGAACUUCGUGACAGCGAUAAGGAUGUCAGACUAACAGCUAAAUAUGUAACCGCUACGGGCAGCAUUGUCUCCGGGGCUAACAGCUAUAUGCGGCGUACCUGGCCAUUGGCAACUAACGAUACGAUCGGUGUGUACCGUUGUGAUGUCACUUUUGUUAAUUCUCACGGCAGUGUAGGGUGGCAGAAAGGUCUACCGGCUUCCAUCACACGUAAGAGUGACGUCACUGUUCAGAUCCUGAGCGAAAUGGUGGAGGACAACAAAAGACAAUGCAUGCAACAAAAGCAAGACAUCCAGGAGCACGUAGCAGCAGCCAUAGAGGAGAACAAGAAAUACUAUCUGAAGGAGAAACAAGACAUUCUCCAGAAUAUAACGACCAUCCUGAAGACGCUUGAAGUGCUGAGCCACACGGUGGAAGUAAACAAGCGAGAAUGCCCUCACCAAAUGCUCUCCCAAAAACGCCAAAUUCUAUCGAACGUGGCGGCGGCCUUGGACGACAACAAGAGAGAGGUUUUACAACACAGCCAAGACCUCCUGGUAAACACCACGGCCAUCACGGAGGCCCUCGAAGCCAGUUUUGAACGCAAUGCUAAGGGUUUGGGCCCCCGACCUGUGAUCCGUCUCUCUAGCGGUCAGCGUGUAGUCUGUGACACAGUGACGGACCAAGGUGGUUGGAUCGUGAUACAGAGACGCGCUUCGGCCGACGAGGACUUUUUCCGUGGCUGGGCGGACUAUAAGAAGGGAUUCGGAGACCUCUAUGGUAAUUUCUGGCUCGGGCUAGAGAAAAUUCACCAGCUGACAAGUCAGGGGAGAUACGAACUGCGGUUCGAUUUGGCAUUCGAGGGGAAAAGCUACUACGCCAGAUACGACAAUUUCAAGCUGUCUGGAGAAUCAGACAACUAUAGAAUUCAGAUUUCUGGAUUUACCGGCAAUGUGAGUGACAACAUGGCGUAUCACAAUGGUCAGCUGUUCUCCACCAAGGAUCGUGACAACGACAUGUGGAGCAGCAAAAAUUGUGCCAGUGUGUGCCACGGAGCCUGGUGGUACAAGGGCUGCCAUUACGUGAACCUCAACGGACUGUGGGGCAACACACAGGGCACCAAGGGCUUGAUAUGGAGAAGCGUCACGGACGGCUCGGUCUCCUUCACUGAAAUGAAGAUUCGACCAUUUUCCAAAUGACAGCUCCACAAGAGCGGAUAGUCCUGUUGAAAUGCACUUAGACUUAGAUGAUUGUAUCCUGUGAGUUUGUUUUUGUUUGACACAGUGUGGAACACACUGACAGAUAAACGUAUAAAAUCUCACAGAUGUUACAUUUCCGUUGUUCCAUCGUGUCAGGUCAUAUUUUAUUGAUAGGCUUUGAAAAAUCUACUGAUCGCGAUACUGAACCAUAAUAUUGAUUUGCAUUUUACAGUAUAAAAGAUAUUUCAACAAUA